ACUGCGAAAACUCAAAUGCCACUGUAAAGAGCCUCUCAAACUCAAAUUAAAUGCUCUUCAACUUGAAACACUCAGUGUAAACGGUAUGAUUUUGAAUUUCACCUUGCCCGCGACACUAACAAAGCUAACUCUAUCAGAUGUUUUGUUGCCACAAAGUGAACUGUCUAAUAUCGGAAGAUUACCAAAUUUAGUGGUUCUGAAGUUGGAACAUAGAGUAUUUCAGCAGGACAAAUGGGAGAUCGAAGAUGAAGAGUUUCUGAACCUCAAGGUUCUUAAAUUAAGAUCCCUUACAAUAACAACAUGGAAUGCAUCAGAUGAGUCCUUUCCCAACCUCGAACACAUUCUUAUAGAAAACUGCUUUAAUCUUCGAGAAAUUCCUUCCAUGGUUGGACAUAUGCAUUAUCUAAAGAUGGUUGAAGUAAAACGAUGUGGUGAGUCUCUUGAAAAAUCAGUUAAGGACUUUAAAGAAGUGCAAGAAGGAUAUGGAAAUGCAGAGCCCAAGGUCCUUAUUUACCCCUUGCAUAUAAAAAGCGGCAACACUGGUUUAACAGAAAUAGAAGAUUGCGAUUGAAAGAGGAGAUCUAACGGACCAGUUUUUCUCUUAAGCUGUUUCCUUUAUUCAUUAUGCAUAAUAAUCAUAUCCAGCUAGAUGGAUAAUUUUCUUGUUUUUGAGUUUUGCGUGUACUUCAAAACACAACAAUUUCUCUCUUCUGCAGCUGCCGAUUGAAAUCUUCAACAAUGGUGAUAUAUCUUCUAAACUCUAAAUAAAUUUAUUAUUUUUGUGUAUA